AUGGCGUCUGCUCCAGAUUACAGCAGUUACAGUCAGGCCGGAGGGCAGCAGGGCUACAGCUCCUACACGGCCCAGCCUUCGCAGGGUUACGGACAGAGCACCCAGUCAUACGGUCAGCAACAAGGCUACAGUUCAUACACCCAACCGGCUGAUUCAACCUACUCUCAGAGCGCAGGCUCUUCAAGCACUUAUGGCCAGCAGACCUAUGGAUCAUCCUAUGGACAACAGCCACCAGCCAGUGGUGCUUAUAAUGCCACUCCAGCAACACCACAGGGCUACACUCAGCCAGUGCAGGGAUAUGGAGCUGCUAGCUAUGAUACCUCCACAGCUGCUGCCUCUUCCACCAGCAGCAACCCAACCUCGUAUACUGGGCAGGCCAGCUACGGAGCUCAGUCUGCAUAUUCUGGGUAUGGCCAACAGCCUGCUUCUGCUGCACCACCCAGCAGUUACAGUUCUGGCAGCCAGCAGCCCUCUGGAUAUGAGCAGAGCUCGUAUUCUCAGCAGCCCCAGCAAAGCUCUUACACUCAGCAACAGCAGGGAGGAUAUCAGGGCCAGCAAGGAGGCUACGGGCAGCAGAGCUCCUAUAGCCAGCAGGGAGGAUAUCAACAAGCUCCUUCCCAGCAGCAACAGGCUCUGCCUUCCAGCUACCCUCCACCUUCUGGAUCCUAUGGACAGCCCCCUGCUAGCCAGUAUGGACAACAGGGCAGCACUGGAAGCAGCUAUGGCCAGUCAGAUUACAAACCACCCAAUCAGUAUGGUAAUUACAGGCAGGACCAUCAGAAUGGCAUGGGUGGAAGCGGCUACUCGGGCCCUGAAUCCGGAGGAUAUGGGGGCCCUGGAGAGGGCCGUGGCAUGGGAGGGGGGGACCGUGGGCGUGGCCGGGGUGGGUUUGACCGGGGGAUGAUGCGAGGAGGUGGUGGCAUGCGAGGGGGCAUGAGCCGAGGAGGAAUGGGCAUCGCUGGAGACAGAGGUGGCUUCAGUAAGCCUGGUGGUAAGUUUAAUGAGAAACCAGAUUCUGACAUGGGACGGCCAGAGGAGCAAGAUGAUUCUGAAAAUAGCACGAUCUACAUUACUGGGCUGACUGAGAACGCUACAUUGGAGGAAAUGGCUGAAUUUUUCAAGCACAGUGGAAUCAUUAGGAUAAACAAACGAACAGGCCUGCAUGCCAUCAACAUAUACACUGAUAAAGAUACGGGGAAACCUAAAGGUGAUGCCACACUAUCCUAUGAGGAGCCUCCGUCUGCUAAGGCAGCAGUUGAGUGGUUUGAUGGCAAAGAUUUCCAGGGAAAGAAGCUGAAGGUGUCCAUGGCUCGACGGAAGCCCAUGAUGGGCAUGAUGCGUGGGGGCAUGCCAAUGAGGGGGGACCGAGGUGGCAUGAUGGGACGAGGAGGAAUGAUGGGUCGUGGUGGGAUGGGUAGAGGUGGUGAUCGAGGAGGCUUCAUGCCCCGUGGGGGUCCCAGGGGAAUGGGCCGAGGAGGACCAACUGGAGCAAACAUGCAGCAGAGGGCGGGUGACUGGCAGUGUCCAAAUGCGGGAUGUGGAAACCAGAACUUUGCCUGGAGGAUGGAGUGUAACCAGUGCAAGGCACCCAAACCUGAAGGCUUUGGACCUCCUCCCUUCCCUCCUCCAGGGGGUGACCGUGGUCGUGGUGGCCCAGGAGGGAUGCGUGGUGGCCGUGGUAUGGAUCGUGGUGGGCCAGGUGGACCCGGAGGCUUCCGUGGGGGUAGAGGUGGAGACCGUGGAGGCUUCAGAGGAGGCCGUGGCAUGGACAGAGGUGGCUUUGGUGGAAGGGGUCGUGGAGGACCUCCUAUGGAUGACAUGGGAAGAAGGGGGCGAGGAAUGGGACCACCUGGCAAAAUGGACAUGAAGGGAGACCAUCGUCUGGACCGGCGAGAGAGACCAUAUUAAGAGACUCCUCGCUGACCUAAACCACCUGUCAUUUUUCAAACUGUUUUAAACUUGUAAUUCCAUAUUUAUAAAUGUUUAAUAUUGAACUCGUUACUGCUUUGCCGUUAGUCUUCAUUGAAUGUUUUAUUUUAUUUUUUAACUUGUGUUUUUGUACUCUAUUCCGCUUUAGAACUGUCAGUGAAACCAAGUGCACAUGUAAAAUGCAGAGUGUUCAGUGUGCUAUUUAGAUUUGUCAGAAUGGUCUAAUGGAGUGUUAAUUUGUUUUCUGUCAUUGCUACAGUUAAAAUGUGAGUGAAUAAGGUAAAAUGCCAAGACACUGAUGCAUAUUAUUAACAGUGUUAAAGGAAUACUUAACCCAAAAAUGAAAACAUCAUUAUGCACUCACCUUUUAUUUUUUUUUGCAGAAAGAUCAGUGCUUUGGAUUGUUUUGUUGAUGUAACGUUGAAAAAAAAACCUUUUUCCAGAUAACAUGAAAAUUAAUGUGAUCUAGGAUCGUUAUAUAUUGGAUGUCAUUGUAGAGACUGUAAGCUUCACAGCCUCGUUUUCAUUCAUGUCAAAAAUCAAACUGCGCUACUGUGAAUAAGGUCUAUUAAAGAAAACAAUGCUUAACUACA